UUUAAAUGAAUCCUGUUAUAAAUGAAGGACUAGCCACGUUACACCGCGUAUAUACUGCGCAUGCGCCGACUGCAGGGUUGCCGCUAAAACCAACGGUCUACAGUGAAAGCGCGCGAAACUUCAGUCAUUAUAAUAUGACGUUGUAGUUCAAUCGCAGUAUAGACACGGUUCAGACGUGAGAACUUCACUCCAGUUUUUACUCCCUCCUUCAAUGCUUUUAGUCUGGCUAAUAUUUCCACAAACUGUCUGAGAAAUAAACUUUUCCUGCUUGAUUUAUAUUGCUGGUUUAUCAUGUGAAUUGUGUUCGAGUUUAAAAUAAAUCAAAUAACUUAAUUGUCGACUCGUUUCUUUGGCUUGUGAAUGUGUGAGGAAAAGAGUUUAUUUAGCGCUUCCGCAGCGCGCGCCUCUCUCGUCUCGUGCUCGAGCGCACGCGCAGAUGAUCGUGCACGCGCUCCGGUGCCGAUGUCAUCCACCCAGUUUCAUCUCGCGCUUUCAAAUAAACCACAAUGAGUGUGUGUGUUCUGUCGCUGCUGCUGUCGCUGCUGUCGCUGGAGUCGCUGGCCGUCAGCGUCGGCCCCAGUAACUCGUCCAGCGGUCUCUGCACCGCGUCUGACCAGUGUCUUCAGUUCCAGCUGGUCUGCAGGACGCACGAGUACGAGGUGCGCCGCUACUCGUCCUCGCGCUGGGUCUCCACGGACGCGGAGGCGUAUUUCCUCGGCGUUGGAGCCGCCAUGGCCUUCAGACGCCUCUAUCAUUACAUCUCUGGAGCCAAUAAAGAGGGCGUGACGUUUGAGAUGACGGCUCCGGUGCUUGUUGAAGUUCCUGAGGAAGUGAAGAUGUGGGAACCGGCGAUCUACACGCUCAGCUUCCUGUUGCCGUCAGCCUAUCAGGAGCGUCCGCCCACUCCCACCAAUGAGAAGCUGUAUUUCACGGAGAUGCCCGACAUGGACGUGUACGUGAGGAGUUACGGCGGCUGGAUGCUGUCGAUCACGUCUCGACUCCACACACACCUGCUGAGCCGAGCGUUGACCAGAGCCCACGCGCACUUCAACCACACACACCACUACGCCGUGGGCUACGACAGUCCUCUGAAGCUGUUGAACAGGCAUAAUGAGGUGUGGUACGUGGCUGAAGGAGAGCCGGUCUGCGGAUCGAACCCGACUGACGCACACUAAACGGGUAACACAAACUUAUUGAG